CCGCACUCCUGCCCGCCACGGCGGCGCCACGAUGGGCUGCUCCAGCGGCGCCCUCAAGGCUGGCGACAGCGGCAGGCUCCGCAGCGAAGGAAGUGAGUCCGGCUUUGUCCAACCCAAACCACGUACACUGGGAAGAGACUCGACUAUUUGUGAUAAGGUACAAAAGGGAAGCCUUUCUCCAUUAGAUAAGCUCAAGAUUUCAGCAGUGUCUACAGCUAAUGGUGUGGCAUCCCUUCAUGAGCAGCCCCUGGCAAAGGAUGCUGGAGACCCACCAGGUUCCACGGAGAAGACUCAGCCUCUGGGACCCAAGGAGUCUGGGCCAGUUCAGCCAGGCAGCAAAGAUGAUACUCCAGGAGCAGGAGGAAAGAAAGAUGCAGAAGCAGUGUCAGAGGCCCAGCCACUAGAAGGAAAUGCUGAGACUGAACCUUUAGGAACAGGAGCUAAGCGCCAGCCUUUGAGGACAGCAGGAGAGAGGGACUCUCCUGGAAAACUGGGAGAUACCAAGAUUCUGCAAACUGCCCAAGAGAUGAAACCUCUAAGAACAGCUGAAAAAAGUCCACCUCUGGAAGUGGGUAGACAGUCACAACCUCAAGAAGCAGUGGGAAAACCCCAACUCCUAGAAACAGUUCCCAAGGAGACUGAAUCUCCAGAAAUAUUGCAAGGAAGUCAGCUUGUUGAAACAGCUGAAGAACAUGAACUUCAAGAAACACUGGGAAGAGAUGAACCGUUCCAGUUUCAAGAAACAGUGCCCAGAGAGAAAGGAUUUCUGGAAACAUGGGAAGGAGAGCAGCUUGUGGAAACAGCUGUCAAGAAUGAUCUGAUACACAAAACUCCUGAAGGUCCAGGACACAUGGAGCAGACUCAACCUGAAGGAGUAGCUGGGAGCAUGGAGCAUCCAGCAGGAACCCCGGAAACAGGGACAAACAUGGAAAUGGUCAGGAAAAUGCACACUAACAAAGAGGACCAACACACUGAAGGUGAGACAGGAGAAAAGGUUGAAACAGAGAUGGAAAAAGUAAGUGAAGGAGCUGAAACAAAAGAAGAAACAGGAGAAGCUGUAGAUCUUUCAGCAGCCACAUAGAUAGGUGUGGUGAUACAA